AAUAUUUAUGUAUCGGUACUUUCGUUCUUGUUUUAAGAAAAGUGUGUACAUAGAUACAAAACUUAUCUUAUUUCUAUUGCACUACAUUUAAAAUAACUAUUGCAAUAUAACAAGCCGUAUAGAUGUACGUGUUAGGCAGCGCAGCGUCCUUGCAAGUAGAUAAGGGGGCCCCGCGCAGUUAAACACAGAAUGGCCGCCAUUUGUGUAGUACGAGUAUUUGAAUGUGUGUCUCCCAAGUGCCUGGAGAGCUUGGAGCGCUAAAGUGUUCCUAAGUGCGUGACUUUGGAAGUGUGCGUUCGCAAUCUUUCAGCUAAAGAAGACAUCCGGAGACCAUUCAAGUGAUUCGGCUCGGCGAGCAAGUCGUAAGCAUCGGUGGUGUAGCCGAGUGGGCGCUCGCUAAUCAAAAGAACAGCCGAUUGCGUCUGAGGGAGCGAUUUUUGCUCACAACUUCGUGCACAAGGCAUGUAUGCUCGACCGUAGGCUGCGGCUCUUCAGUGCUCAGACCACCAUGGUGGUGCGACCACCCUUGAGGCCUGGGCAGGCCCGCUGGAGCGUGGCGGCAGCAGCAGCGGGCUGCUGGCUGCGGUGGCGGCGGCCGAGGAGCUGGGCAGCAUGAGCCUGGCCCUGACGCAGCAGCUCCGGUGCCUGGGGGGGCCCGACUUCCUGCUCGACACGGUGGCGAGCGUGGUGGACGGUGUUCCAGCGGCCAUGGGUGCAGAGGAGGAGGCCUCGUCAGUGGAACCAGUGGCCUCGCCCCCUCCACCUGCUGCCAAAAGCCGCACUUCACACCACAACUGCUUUGGCCUGCCCUAUCAGGAUCACAACUAUGGUGCUCCACCGCCUGUGACGCCCCCCCAGAGCCCACCACCAUCACCACUGUCUCCACCCAGCGAAGGACAGCCAGCCCUCAAUGGCACGCCCCCCCCGGGACUUCUGCUUGAGGUGGGCAGUCCUCCCCCGCUGACUAAUGGCGGGUCGCCUGCCGACAGGAAAGAGGAGUGCGCCCCAAAUGAGGAAAGUGUGACGCGCUGCAUCUGUGGCUUCAACCAGGACGACGAGUACAUGAUCUGUUGUGACCAGUGCCUGGUUUGGCAGCAUGUGGACUGCAUGGGCCUGGACCGCAGCCGCAUACCUGAGACAUACCUGUGUGAGCGCUGCUGCCCAAGACGUGUGGAUCGGCAGCGGGCCCGCUCUCUCCAGACACGCAAAAAGCACCAGAUGGCCCGGCUGCUGAGCCGACUUGAGUCAGCUCCCGAAGAGGACCCCAAGGGGGCCGAGCCUGCCACCAAAUCGCGAGUGGUGCGACGCAAGCGGCAGCGCUCAGAGUCAUCGCCUGACCCGCCAGUGGUGCACAAGGUGAAGCGAGCUGCCAGCCGGCGUUUGGCGCCUUCAGCCGAGGAGGAGGAGGCAGCAGUGGGAGACCCAUGGCGGGGGGGAAGCGGAGGUAGCGAGGGACCCCCCAGCUACGAGCAGGCUCCCGCCAACCAGUACAGCCCCGAGGUGCAGCUGCUUGCAUCCAGCCUGUCCCAGGUCAAAGGUGGGCAGGAGCAGCAGCUGGCCGAAGAGGAGCUGUUGCGGGGUGGCUGGGAGGGCGCCUGGCAACUGGACGAGUGUGCCCCCCCUCGGGGCCGCCAGGAGGGCCGCCACCGCCUGGUGACUACCCGUACAGUACCUGCCCAGCAGCCACUGCUUGAGGUGCGCGGGAAGUUUUUGUCGGCCAGCCAGUUCCGCCUGCAGAACCCUGUGUUCCAGAAGAGGCUGUACCCAUGUGUGCUCUUCUACAAGGGCUGGGCGGAUAACGAAGAUGGGGUUUGUGUGGAUGCCCGAGUGUAUGGGAACGAGGCACGGUUUGUGCGCCGUUCGUGCCGUCCCAGUGCGCGGGUGCGACACACCUUCCAAGAGGGCCUGCUGCGGCUCUACCUGGUGGCUGACCGAGACCUGGCACCUGCCGAGGAGAUCACCAUCCCCUUCGACUUUGACUACCGACACUGCAUCCACCGUGUGACCUGUGCCUGUGGUCAGGAUGACUGCCUACUCCACCGGAGAAAGACCAGCACAGCUGCAUCACCGAUGGAGCGCAAGCAACGUGGCCGUCGCCGCAGCAGCAGCAGCCAUGUGGAGGCUGAAGUGAAAGAGGAGGGCAGUGCCCCCCAGGAAGAGGACGGGACCAGCAGUGGGCCCUCUCUGGAUGACAGGCCACCACCUGUCACAGAUGCCUCAUCCAACGAGCACCAGGAAGGAAGCCCACCGCUGGCGUCUCCCGACUCCGGUGGUCAGGAACCUGGAACAGGAGACGAUGGGGACCUGCCAGACUCUGGUCACAGCAGCCGCAGGCGAAAGAUGACCCGGGAGGAGCGCAAGAUCGAUGCCAUCAUGCGUGCCUUUGAAAAAAUGGAGCGCACCGAGAAGCGGCGCCAACAGGCCCUGGAGCGGCUGCAGCAUCGAGGAGGGAGGGCUUCGAUGGAUGAGGGCAGGGGGGACGAGCGCUCCAACGAGGACCACCCAGCGGCCGGCGACGCCGACCACCCCGCGGCCGCCCUGCCCCCCGAGGAAGCGGAACGCUUGCGCUCGCUUCGAGGGCCCACUCGCAAAGGCAAGCGACGAAGGAGCACGCUGUCUCGGCGCCGCACGCGCAGCAACAGUGGUGGGCCCGACCUGCUGCUGGCGGCUGCUGCCACGGUGGGUGCCCUGGAGUGCCCCGAAGGGGUGUCCUUCCCACCCCCGGCCUCCUCCUCGCCCGAGGAGGAAGAGGAGGAGCCACCGCCACCACCACCAGAGCUGUCCCCCCCGCCGGGCUCUCCUCCUCCGUGCCAGCCACCCCUGCCCAAGUCCAAGAGGUUCCUGAUGCAGGGCUGGCUGCAUGAGAAGCAGCACGAGGGAGCCGGCCCCUCGUCUGGCGAGGGCCCCCCCGUGUAUGUGCGCUGCACCCGGGACACGGCCGGUGGGGGCAUUUCGGCUGCCCACCUUCGCCGCCACAGUGGCUCAGCUGGCACCAACUGCAAUGCUGCCGGCUCGGCAAAGAAGCGCUGGUUGCGGCAGGCCAUGUUUGAGUCGAGCGAAGACGUCCCAGACGACGGGCUCCUCCUGGAAGGUGCCGAGCUGCCAGUGAGUCCACUGCUCGAGGACAGCAUCUCACCGCCACCCGCCGACCUGGUGACACCCCUGAAGAAGCGGCGGCUGAUGCGUGGCUCCCUGGAUUCAGUGGGCGGGCUGUCUCCAGCCACGGGGGAGGCAGCUGCCACCCUGCUUUCCUUUCAGACGCCGCUGCUGCUGCACCGCUAUCCAGACGAGGAGCACCAGCCGCGUUCGCAGCACGGUCAGGGGGAGCCCAGCAGUGCAGGCAGCCCCCCACUGGACGACCCCCCAACCCCCUUGGACGACGAAGGGUCGGUGGACUGGGAGGAAGGGCCAUCCCCGCCAGCAGCUCUGGGACCGCGGCUGCUGCCCCCCUUGACCAGCGGCCAGCCGUCACCCCUGGAGCUGGCAGGCCGCACCCUGGAGGGCGGUCGACGACCCACGUCCGCACCUCGCCUGCCCGAGCCUCUGCCAGGUCCACACGAUGAGGAUGAGGGUACACCAAAACCGGCAGAGACCGAGGUGAGACCACCGCCAUCGUGCUGGGGACCCGAGGCCUCGGACUCCUCGUCCUCUUCCCCCAGAGGAGGCAAACGCAAGGUGAGCCUGUCCGAGUACCGGCAGCGGAUGCGAGACACUGCCCGGGCCCCCGCCGCUGCCGUAGCAGCAGUGCCCCCUGCCCGAAUGGCAGCCAACGAGAGCCCGGACAACAAGCAGCUCGGUUUGCUCGGCCGGCCACAAGACGUCCCCUGCGGUGCACCCGAUGCCAGAGCCUUGGACGACGACGAGGCCUGGCCCCAGCGGGAGCGGCUCAGCCAGCGGCUGCGCCGGGAGUUUGGGCUGCUCGACGACGAUUCCGACACGGAGAGGGGCACCACCCCGUCAGGUCCCGAAGAUGCCCUGCUGCCCCUUGGCCCCCCCCACAUGUAUGGAGGAUACCUGCCACCACCCUUGCAGGUUCCCUUUGGCACAACCCCUCACUCUGCAGCAACAAGCUUGCCAUCAUCGCACCGGCCAGGUUACUUCCACCACAGCUAGACCACGGUCUGCAGAAGACUUGUACAUAUAAGAAGGCCUGGGACCGCUCUCAUUGUUUUUUGCGCCUUUGAGUUGGGUGGCCCUCGAAUGCCAGUUGAUGACAGCAGGACUGGGCACGGCAUCAAGGUGGUGCUGUCAGACAUGCCAGACCAUUCCAAGGCACCCUUGUUGACACAUCCUCCUGUGUUUUGCGCAGUGCUCUCAUAUGAGGUGCAGUCGCAUCCAUUGUGUACAUAGCUAUACAUAGCCUCCCAGCGUCUCUUGUCAUGUCACAAUUUUCAGUGGGUUGACCAGUGAAUGUUUUAUCUGGUUCCCUUACUGGCCAUCUUUUGAGGCUUGCGUUGCUGCAGUGUGGCUGCACCAUGCCUGUGUGUUGAGCAGACUGCGUUUGUACAUAGUGUACAUAAGAAGGCCUAUUUAUCACCACUGAUUCCGACAUGUACAGGUGUUUUUAGUUACGCUGAACGAGACCAGAGCAGAUGUGGAAAUUUGGAAUUCUGUGUUGUAUAUUUUAUCUGACUGCUGCUGCAUGUGCCUGCCCAAGGUGACUUGUGUGAGCUUUAUUAAAGUGCUGUUUUGAUGUGUUACUUGGUGGUGCAGAGCACUGGUGGCUUGGGUCACGUGUGGGUUGCCCCUAGGACGAUGUGUGCAACCUCUACUCAUGCUAAUGUUGCCAUUUAUCAAACUGUGCUGCUCUGGUGUUGGCGAUGCCAGAUUUUAUCCUCUUUUUGAUGUUGCCAUGUGCUUUGUAAUCCUGUUGCACUCAGGAUUUGAUUGAUGUGGUAGAGCCUGCCUCUCACCUCUUUUAAUUUUCCUGUGUGUCUGGCAAAAACAAAAUUGACAACAGCCUGCGUGAUAACUUAUUUUAUAUACCCUGGGCUCAACAUGUGUGUCCUUAUGCGAGCAGUGCGGGGAGCCACAUGCCGGCUGCGAAGCACCUCCCAACGCUGUAAAUAAUAAACAAGGCUGCCUUCUUGA